AACAGGUGUGAUACAUAAUCAAAUCAUUAAGAAAAACACCAUGUUGAAUCACACUUGAACAGUUGUAGUUUUUAUGUGUGCUGAAAAUAAAAAGGAAGUGGUAAAAGAAGAAGGGAAAAGAGCUUGGGUCUUACACAGAGACGUAGAAAUAGUAUGGAAGGAAUUCUCCCACGCAUGAGUGAUGACACACCGGAGAUGCCUGAAACAGGAGAGGAGAGAGAGUCCAGAGCCACAAAUGGGGGGGAAAGACAGCUGUUGAGACAGAUAAUGGAACUGAAACUGGAGAGACAAAUAAAGAAACUUAAACUGGAGGGACAGAUAAACAAACUGAAACUGGAUAAACAGAUAAUGGAACUGGAGCUGGAGAAACAGAUAAUGGAACUGGAAAUGGAUAGCCAGAUACAAGAACUUGAGAGACAGAUAGAGGAACUUCCCUCACCUACUCUUACAUUCCAAGGUCUUACACAGAGACGUAGAAAUAGUAUGGAAGGAAUUCUCCCACGCAUGAGUGAUGACACACCAGAGAAGCCCAAAACAGAAGAGGAGAGAGAGACCAAAGCCACAAAUGGGGUGGAAAGAGAGAGUUGUGAUCAAAGCACAAGACAAACAGGAGAAGAGAAUACUGCCACUGACCAAGAGUCCCCAGAUAAAUCAUCACAGUUUCUGCAAAGAACAAGUACAUCAGAAUCAGUAAGGGAAGAAGGGGAAGAAGGGACACAAGAGAGUGAAUCCACAGAGCAAGAGAGAUCCUCCACAUCUGUACAAUCACAGGUACAAGAAGAAACAUCACAAUCAGUCUCAUCACUACCAGGAGAUACAACACAAACACCAGAGAAGAGAGAAGACAGAACACAAUAGAGAUGAGGAAGUACAGCAAAAAGAGAGGGAAAAAAAAGAAGUCAUUAAACAUCAUUUACUACCAGUUACUACUGAUUUAUUGAGGCAAAAUAUGUUACUAGAAAAAUCAUAUAAUCUUUGUUUGGUUUGACCAUUUUUGAUCAGUUUUUCCUACCAUUUAGAUGUCAUGUUAGAAACAUCCUGAAUCUUUCUCAGUUUGGUUAUGUUUCUGAUUUUUUUUCUGAUUGGCAAAAAAUGUGAUUUCUCAUGACACCCAUUUUAAUGAUUUCUGUCAGAGAUUUUUUAUUCUGAAGAAUUGGGUUACAGUAGCUUUACAUUUCUGUUUCCAUUGAAUGCAACAUAAAAUGUAAUUUUAUAAUGUUGUUUGAACAUCUGAUCCUUUUAAAGAACUGCUUUUUUUUUUUUUUACACAAGGUCAAAUUAAGAUAAAAAAAAUAACUUUGUACCUAUUCAUUGUACACUGUAUUUUGCAAGUCUGUUUUUUUUUCUGUACUGCUUACACUGUUCAUCUUAAGUUUAAACAAUACUGAUUUUUUUUAGUAUUGUUGUUAUUAUAUUAUUGGCACUGUAAUAAUAAAUGAAAUUAAAAACAGUGCAAGUGUGUGUGUAAUGCUGAU